AUGACCUCAGCUUCGGUGGUCACGUCGAGCGCGGUGAUCCAUUGCCCGCUACCGGCCACGUUUGAGACUGCCAUCGCUGCUGUGCGACAGGCGCUGCCGGAGGAACGUUGGGACAAUGUGCUUCUGUCAUGUGGAGUUGACCAGGUAGAACCAGGCAAGGCCUUGGACAACUCCACGUAUGCGCUCGUAAGCUAUGAUGCCCUCGGCACCUCUGCCGUCUCCAUCGCGAAAACUGAGCAUCGUGGGAUCACCGUGCAGCAACUGCUACAGAUCGAGACGUUCAUCCAGAAGCAUGUCCGUUUUUGGGUAGAGACGUUUCCACAGAGCCCCAGCUUCGGCUUGCCAUUGGAGUUCGAGAAAUUCAACCUCCACCAUGCGUGCCAUUGGAUCAUUUCGCCUGCCACACGCAAGCUCUGCUGCAGCCUGGUGGAGCUAGUGGCAACGGAUGCUGACGCACAGUAUCCAUGGUGGUUUGUGAGCCACGCAUGGCAGGAAGCCAUCUUCAAAUUCGUGGCUUGUCUUCGGCAGCAUGCCGCGCUGCGAAACGUGGCGGAUGGCGCGUACUGGGUGUGCGCCUACGCAAAUAAUCAGCACAGGCUCAAGGAAGAAAUCUGUGCAAAUCCGCGCUCAACUUCAUUUUAUCGCGCGAUGCAAUUAUCCAUAGGCAUCGUACUGAUCUUGGAUGAGAAAGCGACGCCUUUCACAAGGAUUUGGUGCUGUUUUGAGGAGAGCAUCGCCGUGGAAGAACGCAAUGCUGGGAUGCCCCUGCUCCUGGAUGUGGCUGCGACUGAUCCUGCCAACGAGGCGCACGUGCUGACUGAUGGCUUGGCGGCCGCAGAGGCAUCCCGGAUGCCGCUGCUUGGUUUUUUAGCCAAGUCUGUGCGUGAAGCGGCCUUCCCCACACGACUGGUGCAGAAGGGCCUGGACGUUGACAUCGCGCAAGCCGAUGCCAGCCUAGCGUCAGACAAGACAGCCAUCCUGAAUUCCAUCAGGUUGCCACGCGCAAGGACCAAGGCCAGGAACCAGGCGUUGGCGGCGCACUUUGCACUGGCGUCGUGGUUCGGCUUCGUGGCGAAACGCCACUCGUUCGACUCCAAGGUUUUAGAGCGACUCCUGAGCGCCCUGGCGGCAGACAGCUUUCGGAGAGUGGUGCAGCUGUCCUUCACGGGCUGCCGUGGCUUCACAGAUGCGGAGCUGAGCCAGCUGCUGCGGCACCUUCCCAGGCAGCUGCUGCUGCUUCGUUUAGAUAUGGGCUUCAGUGGAGUCCAAUGCUGGGCUUUCCCAGAGGUCGAGGAGAUGGAGAUGCCUCCACUGCAGGAACUCAGCCUGCGCUUCACGGGCUCCCACCUGGCGAACGCUUCGGGCUUGGGGCAGAUGCUCGGUGCCGAGCCGAUGUCGCAGUCACUGCGCUCUGUGCAGCUCUGGUUUUCCAAUUUGCCGUCCUUGGUGGAGCUGGGCUCAUGGGAGCCUCUCACGAAGCUGAAACUGGAAGAAUUGGUGUUGCAGCUGAACUCUUGCGAGGCCAUCACUGACGAAGCCAAGCAAUCCUUGAUUUGUUGAGUUUAUGUGCUGUCCAGUUGAUGCCAGCCGAAACGUGCCGCAGCUGCUGAGCAAC